ACCGUAAUCGUAACAUAGUAAAAGGUGACGACAUACAAAAGCUAAGUGUAAUACAUACGCUGCCAACGCUCCUGGCUGGAGACGCACAGUUAUGCGUGUCACGAUUGAUUCCCAAGAUGCAGCAGGCUCUGUCGAAUGCUUCCUCAGAAUUCCACAUGGCUGCCUCGUCGACUUUCAAAACAAUUCUAGAACAGAAAUUGGUCAAUCCUUCCACAUUUACGCAAACAUUUUUGCAGAGCAUUUUAAACUCUCUCGACAGCAGAGAUCCAGUGGUAGCUCAUGCGUGGUUGGAGACCUUGCUAGAUGUUAUCGAAUUAUUGCCCACCGAAGUCAUAAGGCAAGAGAUCCUUCCUAUGGCCAUAUCCAAGGGGCAAUUAUCGCAACCAAUUAGUUCCAGAAUAACAUGUUGUAAAUUGCUAGGGAAGAUUUGCACUCGGUUUGACACACUUCUGAUAAAAAAGGAAGUCCUGCCUACAGUGCAUUCACUUUGCCAAGAUGUGAACAGUGAAGUGCGAGCCUGCAUCUGUUUGCAGCUGAGUUUUGUUGCUCAGGGUCUUGGGGUGGAAUCGGUGAAGCCUGCGUUACUUCCAUCUCUUGUUGAACUGGCUAGUGAUGAGGAAAGUGCUGUAAGGCAUGCUUCUGUCCAGACCAUAGUUCAUUUACUGCCCCAUUUUCAACAAGAGACCAUAAAGGGAAUUAUAGCACCACUCAUAAAAAAAUUAUGCGAAAAUGCGUUAAAGUCUGAUGACAAUGUGAUUUGUGUGAUUGCCCAAGAAUUUGGGAGACUCGCCCUUGGCCUUGAACGCUCUUUAACCAUCAAUGAGAAGACCUGGCUGAUAAAAUAUUAUCAGCAGCUUUCACAGCUAGGUAUCCCAUCUAUGGCAAAAGAUGCAAAACAAGAAUUCUCGUUUGCAAAUAAAGCAUCUAAUAGUCCCCAAAGCAAUGAAAGAUAUGUGGAAUGCCGUCGCCAGUGUGCGUUUAAUUUCCCUGCCAUGUGCCUCUUUACAUCAAAUAGUUUUGAGAAAUUGGAUAUUAUUUUACCAACAUUUAAUGAUUUGGCUGCCGAUCCAUAUUAUAUGGUGCGAAGAACUAUCGCGUGUGGGAUUCAUGAGGUUGGCAAAGUUCUGGGUUCACAAAAUGGAACAAUAAGGACCGAACUUAUCAAGCUGCUAAAGGAUGACUCUGAAGAAGUAUUGCAAGGGUUGGUGCCACACUUGGCUCAAACACUUGAUCUCUUGACCCAAAGUCAGACAAUCGGCACUGAUCAAAUGGAUGGAGUUGUCUUGGAUAUUUGUAGAGCGAUUUUAAAGUGUGAAGUCGAAAUAGCUAACACUUACAACUGGAGGCUUUCGUCAAUGAUCUUAAACCAGCUUGAAAUUUUACCUCGAUGUAUUCCGGGUGAUUUGAUUAACUCUCAUUUCACACCUAUGGUGUUCAAUAGAGCAUUAAAUGCUAGACCAUUGCCAGUCCGUUUGGCAGCUGGUAGAUUAUUGCUGAUCUUUCUGCGUUAUAAUCUUAAACCCAUGCAACGAAAUGAGCUUCGGAAUAGAAUCUAUACAGAAUUCGCACAUAGUAACAAUUGUUAUACAAGGAUGUUGUACAUGCGAAUGAUGCAAGAGGCUAUGGUUAUAUUUUCUACAGUUUAUUUUAAAGAGAAUUUCUAUACUACGUUAUUGAGUAUAACUGAAGAUCCAGUUGCAAAUACACGAAUGAAAGUUGUGUCGAUGUUACCCCAGCUCAAAGCAAUGUUGCGAAUGCCAAAUGACAAAAAACUGUUGGCUAUGUUAGAAGGAAAUGUGCGCACUUUAAUGAGCCUAGAAAAAGAUCGAGAUGUUGUCCACACUUUAACUAACGUUAUCCACAAAUUGGAUAGUAUCGAUGUUAAACAAGAUGGACAACAUAAUGCAGGUAAGUUAACUCGGCAAGAAAUUGAUGAUGCUAAGAAAUUAGAGGAAGAAAAAAAGCUGGCAGCAAUGAUUUCUUCCAAAACAACUGGAAUGCCUGGUGGAGCAAAUCAAGCAACAGCAGCCUCCCAACGGAAAUCGGUUGUUCCUGGUCUUCCAAAACAAGUAUCUCCGACUGUACCAAAAUCUGGUAUUGAAGGUCCAGCUGGAGGAAAUAGGAUGAGGCAGUCGAGUCAGUCUUUAGCUGAUACUACGUACAAAUCAACAACUCAAUUUUCGAGGAUCAAACAGCCCAGCUCAUCGGAGCCUCCCAGCAAACAAUCUUCACCCUCUAAAAGGGAUGGAAACAGCACUCAAACUUCUGCCAAACUACCAGAUGCAAAGACAAGUACUUCUAGCAACAAUCUAACUUCAAGCUGGGCACGGCUUACUUCUAACAGCAUGCUACUAACACACCCUUGGGAAUCAACCAACUACACAAGCUUUAAUGCUGGUGUAAGCUCAGUUAAUCCAACUUAUAGUUUUCAUUUUGACAAUCAUAAUACCAGUUUGAAGUCGGCCUGUAGCUGCUCCGAACCAACAGGUGAUAUGUGCCGGAGUAGACUUUCAUUGUUGAAUUUAAGCGAACAAGAAGCAAGAUCGAACGCACCCUGUUGUUCAUGCUUUGACAUUAACUCAGAUUAUUCAAAACUGAACAUGCCACUGCAUCACAAGCCCCAUGCUCAACCUACCUCCGAAUUUGCCAAAUCUUUUGUGUUAACACACCUGAAAGAAAAUAAAGCUGAUAUCUUGCAAAAUUUUCUUCUAACACGCGGUGGUUACGAGGCUAAAUAUAAAGAACCAGAUUUGGCGGCUUUACGAGCUCUGACUAAUGUAGCUCACUACAAUUCUUGUUGGGCUUUUAGCUCCAUGCCUGAAAUUCCAGUCACGCUGCUGGAUGACGAGUUUCUAGUUGAUGCGGGGAUUCGUAUUCCGGCACAGUUAUCAUCAAGUCAAAGUACUUCAAAAAUACCAAACUUGCAAGACAUUAUAUACCGAAAUAGAAGAGAAGGAAGUAUCGAUAGAUCUCAUCGCAGUAGUGUCAACCUUGACAAGGGCAAAUCUAAAAGAUACUCUGCGGAAUAUGAGGAUUGUAUAAAACCGCGAAUAUUAAUUAGUGAUCAAAUUAAAGGUAAGCGGAGUUUGGACGACUUUGAAGAAAUUCAUAAACGAACAUCGAUGCAGGGUAAAUCUGAUGAACACCAUAUUCCUAAAGAAGACUUAAAGGCCAAGAGAUAUUCUGGUUCAUAUCAGGCCAAAUCUAGAUUUGGGUAUGAACCGAAUCAAGGAAAGUCUACAGAUGAUAAACCAAAAAGAAAUUCACUUUUCAUGGACAAAGACAGGCCGAAACUUUCGCAGACUAAAACUCCAAUCGAAAAAAAUAAGCGCUAUUCCGCCACAUAUACUUCCAGACAACCUGAUCUUAAAGAUGUUAAACAUAAAUUUAAAAGACAUAGUUUGGAAGUCACGGAGUACACUCCACUCUCCCGAGUGGACAGAAACUUACGGCGUUAUUCAGCGCUGGACGUUAAUCAUAAUCAGGGAACAAGUAAAAUACCAUUGAGAAGUAGUUUUGUUUCGGGUAGCAGAACGGCACCAGCAACUAGAGCCUCUAGUCCUGUAAGAUCUUACACUAAACUAUAUUUUAACAAAUCAAGUCCCAGUGAAAGUCAUGCUUCGUCAAGACAUAAAUUUUUAACUAGAUAUAGCUCGAGCGAUGAAGAAGUCGACAAACUCUGCCAUAAGUUCAGUCAUUGUCAAAGCGCUCCUAUUAACAGGGCAGAGAGCCCAAAAACGAAAGAUAGUAGGUUGCCUGUACGGCUACAGAAAAAAAAAAUUUGAGAUAUAUGUGUCUGUUAUAAAUUAAUUACGAUAAAAACUUGAACACUUUGUUAAUUAUAUUUAUUUGUUAUACCCUAAUUUUAUUAUUAGUAGGUUUCGAAGUAAAGUUAUCUCCUUCUAGCUAAUAUAAUAAUAUAGAAAGGCCGACAAAUCGUAGUGCUAUGCUUCAAUUGCCUCUGAUGUUGUAAGUCUUUUAUUACACAUUAGUUCGAAAUAUGUUGUAUUAAUCUUUCCUAAGCUGUAAUUUAUCUACACUGAGAAGAACCACAUCGAUUUUCCGCAUAUAUCUUGCCGCAAUAAAAUUUUGCAUUUACAUGGUAUAUUUAAAAUUUAGACACAGUUUGAUUUCUUAAAAAUAUUUUUUUCAGUAAUAUCGUCAUAAAAUUGUUAUGCGUUAUAAGCGAAUCAGUGAAAUUGCUUUACUCAAAGCACAUGCCGUGUUCAUUGUUAUUAUUGUUAGUACUGUUUAACUUGGUAAUAUUACCAUUUAAAAUAUUCAUAUCAAAGGAUUAUAAAUAUUUCCUGAUCUCCCAAGACAAAAAUAUUUCAUUUUAAUUUUAUGUUGAAAUAUAUUACGUUGUCCUUAUUUAUUUGAAUAGUAUAAGCUAUUUUUAAGUAUUUGGAAAAUCACAAGUAGCGAUGAAGCGAAGUCCCAAAUUCCGUCAUUAACGAAUCGUCACUCGUUAUUCCCACGGUGUCAAAAUAUAAAUAUUCUGUUAUACAUAGUGUACUUUAUUAUGAGAUAGAUUGAGAAUUCUCAGUCUUAUAGUAUAGCAUUACUAAUUCAUGAAUUAUAGUUACAAAUAUAAGGUUUAAUGAAUCUUAUCUACGUACCUUGACGAUAAAAAUAUUAUUUGUAAUAUAAAUUAUAUUCACUAGCUCAUCCGGAAAUAUAUUUUGGGAAAAUUAUCUAUAAACUCUUCAGGUUUUGCAAUUUAAUCGAACCAAGGUACAUAACUAUGAUUCUUACCAAUUCAGCACUGGCAAUUAUAAGGUACAGAACUGAAAUAGGUUGUCCUUUUGUGUGAAUAGUUUUUAAAAGAAGACUAGUCAGAUCUAAUCUGUUUAUGGAGAGCGUAGUUAUAAAUUAUAAAACCAUAAUUGAUAAAUCAUAUAUUUCUGCAGCGUCAAACCACCGGCCGCAACUACCAAGAAGUGAUGGAAGUUUAAUAACAAGAAAAGGCUUGUGUACUUACAAAAGUAGAGGCUUGACGUUCACGACUAAAGAUCUGAAAUGAACUUUCAAAAAACGUAUAUUUUAAGUUUCAAGAAUGUCAAAUGAGAUUGUAGUAUAAGUUGCGUCCAAGAUUAGUAAACUCAAUUUCUGGGUCUGGAUUUAGACGUUGCUCUUUUCAGGGCUGGUGGAUUUACAAUUAAACCAUGCGAAAAGUAAACCAAAUCGUUUAGCAUUUUCUGGUGAUUAGAAUUCAGUAAUUUUCAACGCUAAAGGAUAUAGCAUUCUCAUGAGCUAUGUACGUAUCUCAAAUGCAAAUAAUUCUACACCAUGUAUCUCUACAUUGUAUAGAUCGUAAUGAUAUUUUUAUUUGAAAUAUAUUAUUAACGUUACCUAUGAAAAUGGCAGCUUAAUGCGACUAUACGUGUACCUCGGUGCAAUAGCGGCAUUGAGAACUGAGGAAUUAAAACGACUAAGAAUCAGCUUAGAUUUUCUGAUUGGAUAUAUUAUCAAACAUUAUUUUUGUAAAAAUAUUCAAUGAGUGAUAUUCGUAAUGAUACGUUAAGUUAUUGCGUUAAUGCGUCGAGGUAUAUCUGCUCAUAUUCUUGAUAGAACAUCUUAUAUUGAUUGAGGAAUCUGAUGAUAAGGAUUCAUAAUUGAAAUCUUUUAUAUUCUAUGGUAUAUCAUACGAUUUUAUUAAGCUAUUGUCAUGCUGAAAACUUUGUGAAGUAUUUUGUAAAUGAAGCUACAUCACACAUUUUGAUUGUGUCUAUUGCGUACGAAGUAAAAAUAAAUUACUGAGAAUUUAACUUCACUAAAUUUUCAGCAAAUAUACCAGAGUUAGAUCAUAAAAAGAGAAGAUAAAAUAAUUUUAGCUUCACUAAUCAUGCUUAAAUAUCGCUACUUAUUUUUGUAUAGAUCUACAACAAUGAUAACUUUUGUGCCAGAGAAAAAACGAAAGGCAUAUGUAUACCAAUAGAGAGAUAUAUAAUAUAUAUAAUUAAAUGGAA